CUUAAUGCCUUUAAAUUAUUAGAGCAUUUUCUUUAGCUUCAUUUACAAGUGACCUCUCCUCCUUUGCCGUUUCCACUAACCAAAUUUGGGGGAAAAUGGGAGUAAACUCAACUCAUUUGAUCAUCAUCAUAGUGAUGAUGAUAAUGGGUAUGGAAAAUGAGGGUAAUUUGGUAAAUGCAAAUGGGACGACUUGGUCAGGUUCAAAGUACCAGAUUGAAUGUACAAUGUGUGCGGCAUGUGACAACCCUUGCGCCACCUCAUCUCCUCCGCCACCAUCUCCUCCACCGCCAUCUCCGUCUAAUAAUUGUCCUCCCCCACCCUCUCCCCCCAGCUCUGGGGGAAACAACUACUACUCUCCACCGCCACCCUCUCCCCCUAGCUCUGGGGGAAACAAUUACUACUAUUCACCACCUCCACCUGGUGGAUCAAUUGGUAAUUACUACCCUCCACCUUAUAACCAAAAUUACCCUUCUGGGCCUACACCUCCACCUCCAAAUCCAAUUGUUCCCUAUUUCCCAUUCUACUUCUACAAUCCUCCACCGCCUUCACAAUCUGCUGCUUUUUCAUCCAAAUCUUGUAUUUUCGUCAGUAUGUUGAUUGCGUUGUUGAUUUUCCAUUGAAAAAGGGGGAAAAUGUGAAAUUAAAUAAAGUGUCGGAAUGAAACAGAUCUACAGAUUAUGUGAAGAAAAAUGGAAAGCUCAGACUGGCUUCCAUGGCCAAACGAGGACGAGGGCGACCAAGAAAGGAUAUCAUCAGUGACAGUGAGAAUAGUAGGAAGCAGAGAUCGACUACUCCGACGGUGGUUACACACGUAGCUGCUCCAACACCACCUAAUCCUAGCCCAGUAAUAAUUCCGAUUAAAAAAGGUGUGACCACUCCAAUCGUUAGUAAGACACUGAUGAGAGAGGAAGCAUCCAGAUCUAGAUUAAAAA